CCUCCGCAUGGAGCGGCAAGAUGUUUAAACUACCACGCAAUCCUUAAUUUAUGCGACUAGAGGGAGGAACAAUGUGGAACCUAACGAUUGGACAGAUCAGGAAGAUCUUCCAACCGUCACAGAAUACACACCGAGGAGCCGUAGCGAGACCAAAAGUGAAUGGCCCGCCGUCUGGAUACCCACGCUUCGCUGCCUUCCUCGGCUCCCAUUCUUCUUUGCAUAUCUUCCGACGGUUCACAGCGCUGCGGCUCCGCCUGAUGCUCUGCAAGCAGGACCAGCUCUCGGUACUAGAACAACAAUUGCAAGAAAUAGAUCGCUCCGAAAGCAAGCCUCUCUAUCUGGGAAGUUUGCGGCGGGACCAGAAUCCUGAACGCAAGCGAAUUCUUGAUGAGAUUGACACUCUGCUAUCCGAGUACGACGCGCUUGCAGAGAGGAACGAACAUGCGUUUGCGAGGUGUGAAGCCAGAGGCAGAGAUAUGGCCAACGUCCGGAACUGGCUUGCGGAUAACGGCUCGAUCGCUAGGAAAGAAACAGAGUACAUCGAUACGGCGGAGGAUACUAUGACGCUUGAGAAAGACGCGAGUGACAUCGCACUUAACGCCGUUGCCGUCUCAGCGGAGCAACUCCUUAUGCGCUUGCCGAGAGCGUGGACUUCGAAGCUUAGAACGUCGAACCCUCGAGAACCCAAGCUGUGGGUCUUUCCGAAUGCGCUGCUUCAUGGAUUCGGGCGGGUUGUCCUCGCCUGCGUUCUUGUCACACUGCUCUUCGUCCCCAUCGUUACGAUCAGUGCAAUUGAAAGCCUCCGUGCUCGCGUAGUGCUUAUCUGGAUAUCGGCGACGCUGUUCAUUCUAGUUUUAACGGUGUUGACCAGGGCAAAGACAUCCGAAAUUUUCGUCGCAGGCACGACAUAUGCAACGGUGCUAGUUGUGUUCUUAGCUCAGAAUGAGAACUGACAAUUGGAAGAUGUCCGAGGAUAAGAGAGAGGGAAGAUUUAUGUCGGAUUGCAUGCUAUCUAAAUAGUUGCGGCUUCGGAGCUGUAUCAGUGUCUGAGAGUAUGGUCCUGGAGGUGGCCGGCUUUUUCGCCUAAAGGAGCGGUGGACUAGUUCUGUCAUCAGAUUGAGGGCGUCGGCAAUCUCGAUGGCGUUGUCCACGGCAUUAUACCGCUAAUCGCAUUCGCGUUCGACUCCCUUUAAAACAUUUGUCUCUGGAAGAACGAAGUGGACAAACCAGUGACCACACAAGCUU